UGAGUUAAUAUAAAAGAUUGUAUCUUUUUGGUUAGAGCUUGGAGGGAGAGAGAAGAGUCAUGAGGCAGAGUGGCUAAAUUUGGAGAAGAAGAUGUUAGGUUCUUUAACACUUUUUCCGGCUCCUGUUUUUGGUUCUUUAGCUAACAACUCUAAAAGGGCUUUCGGAAACGAUUGCCAUAUUACCAGACAAAAGCCGCUUGGACUGAUUCAUAGGUCUCAAUAUUUGCUUGGUUGUCCCAAAGUCUAUUUCCUCUCAAGAUUCCCAGUAAAUAAGACGGUACAGCAUGUCCUCACUGCCUCAGCAGUUAUGACAGAUGACAGCUCAACAAAGACAAAUAUUGAUGAAGACAUGGAAAAUAUUGGUCUUUUGAGCACUGAUCCUGGUCUGGAUCAAUUUAAAGAUCACUUCAGAUAUAGAGUGAAAAGAUUUAUAGAUCAAAAACAGCUAAUUGAAAAGCAUGAAGGAGGUCUUGAGGAAUUUUCAAAAGGUUACCAGAAAUUUGGAUUUAAUAGAGAAGAUGGCAGCAUUGUCUACCGUGAGUGGGCCCCUGCAGCUCAGGAAGCACAAGUUAUUGGGGACUUCAAUGGAUGGAAUGGUUCUAACCACAGGAUGGAAAAGAAUGAAUUUGGUGUUUGGAGUAUCAGAAUACCUGAUUCUGCUGGAAAUCCAGCAAUUCCUCACAAUUCAAGGGUCAAAUUCCGAUUCAAGCAUGGCAAUGGAGCUUGGGUUGAUCGAAUUCCAGCUUGGAUUAGAUAUGCUACUGUGGACCCCUCAAGUUUUGGAGCACCAUAUGAUGGUGUCUACUGGGAUCCUCCUGCUUCAGAAAGGUAUCAGUUUAAGUACCCUCGGCCUCCAAAACCCAGGGCCCCACGCAUAUACGAGGCUCAUGUAGGAAUGAGUAGUUCAGAACCCCGUGUUAAUUCAUACCGAGAAUUUGCCGACGAUGUCUUGCCCCAUAUACAGGCAAAUAAUUAUAACACAGUCCAGUUAAUGGCUGUCAUGGAGCAUUCUUACUAUGGAUCAUUUGGGUAUCAUGUUACCAACUUUUUUGCUGUAAGCAGUAGAUCUGGAACUCCUGAGGAUCUCAAAUAUUUAAUUGACAAAGCCCACAGCUUGGGUUUACGUGUCUUAAUGGAUGUUGUUCACAGCCAUGCAAGUAACAAUGUUACUGAUGGUCUCAAUGGCUUUGAUGUUGGGCAAAGCUCUCAGGAUUCCUAUUUUCACACUGCAGAUCGAGGCUACCAUAAAUUAUGGGACAGCCGGCUCUUUAAUUAUGCUAAUUGGGAAGUUCUUCGCUUUCUUCUGUCCAAUUUAAGAUGGUGGCUUGAGGAGUACAAAUUUGACGGUUUUCGAUUUGAUGGAGUAACUUCAAUGUUAUAUCAUCACCAUGGAAUCAACAUGGGGUUUUCAGGGAAUUAUAUUGAGUAUUUCAGUGAGGCAACUGAUGUUGACGCUGUUGUUUAUUUGAUGCUUGCCAAUUCUCUGAUUCACAACCUCUUGCCAGAUGCCACUGUGAUUGCCGAAGAUGUUUCUGGCAUGCCUGGACUUAGUUGUUCUGUCUCUGAGGGGGGAAUUGGUUUUGACUAUCGCCUAGCGAUGGCCAUCCCUGACAAAUGGAUUGAUUACUUGAAAAACAAGACUGAUGAAGAGUGGUCAAUGGGAGAUAUUUCAUGGAGCUUAACUAAUAGGAGAUACACAGAGAAAUGUGUUGCUUAUGCUGAGAGUCAUGACCAAGCCAUUGUGGGUGACAAGACAAUCGCCUUCUUACUGAUGGAUACAGAAAUGUAUUCUGGGAUGUCUUGCUUGACAGAUGCUCCACCUACUGUUGAACGAGGGAUAGCACUUCAUAAGAUGAUUCAUCUUUUAACAAUGGCAUUAGGAGGUGAGGGCUACCUUAAUUUUAUGGGAAAUGAGUUUGGCCAUCCCGAGUGGAUUGACUUCCCAAGAGAAGGCAAUGGAUGGAGUUAUGAUAAGUGCAGACGCCAAUGGAAUUUAGUUGACACCGAACACUUGAGAUAUAAGUUCAUGAAUGCAUUUGAUAAAGCUAUGAACUUGCUUGAUGAAAAGCAUUCGUUCCUUUUAUCAACGAAGCAGAUUGUAAGCAGCACAAAUGAAGAAGAUAAGGCUAUUGUCUUUGAGCGUGGGGAUCUGGUUUUUGUGUUUAAUUUUCAUCCAGAGAAUACAUAUGAUGGGUACAAGGUUGGGUGUGACUUGCCAGGGAAGUAUAAAGUUGCAUUGGAUAGUGAUGCUUGGGAAUUCGGUGGACAGGGAAGAGUGGGCCAUGAUGUAGACCAUUUUACGUCUCCUGAAGGAAUACCUGGAGUGCCGGAAACAAAUUUCAACAAUCGUCCUAACUCCUUCAAAGUACUCUCCCCACCUCAAACAUGUGUGGCUUACUAUAGAGUUCAAGAAAGCCAAGAGAGUAACAACAGCAUCAAUCCAGGGGCCAGGAAUGAGAUAUCAACAGCCGACGAUGUGCCAAAGCUGAGGGAUAUUGAAGUAGGUAUGAAGCAGACAUUAGCAGCAGAUACUGGAGCAAAGCGGGGUGAUUUGGAAGAAGUUGUCAAUCAGACAUUAGCAUCAGAUGCUGCAACUAUGCUGGAGGUCUUCAAAGAACCUGCUGAUGAUAAGGAUACUGAAGAACCUACUGUUUCUGUUAAGAAAGGAAAUUCAAAAGCACAAGAGAUUGAGGAAGGGAAGUCAGAUGACUGAGCAUCUGACUAUUAAGAUCACUUUGUUUUGCAUACAUCAAUAUGCUGUUAUUUUAAACAUGGGGUCCAAGGAUGGAAAGUUUAUUAGGGUUUUAAAUUAGGAGCAGAUUUUGUAUGGUCUGCACAUGGUCUGCACAUAAAGUAGGCUGUUGUACAUAGUUGGGAGUGCUGUUAAAUAAGUUUCAUGUAAAAGAUCCUCUGCAAAAUCCCUGUAGAACUAGAUAGAUAAAUAAAACAUAAUAAACCCUUCAGCUGCGUGAUUUAA